UCAGACAACAACAGCUGAAACGGGGAGUGGGAAGGUUAGCCUUCGCAGUGCAGUACAGUACAGCUAGCUGCGUUUCAAAACAGAUUUGUAAGAAGGUACAUUAAAAAACAAAAUGAAUGUUGGCGUAGCCCACAGUGAAGUAAACCCCAACACUCGAGUUAUGAACAGUCGAGGCAUUUGGUUAACAUACGCUCUUGGUGUCGGAAUGCUUCACAUUGUCCUGCUAAGCAUUCCUUUCUUCAGUGUUCCUGUCGUGUGGACACUCACAAAUGUUAUACACAAUUUUGGAAUGUACGUGUUCAUGCAUGCGGUGAAAGGAACUCCGUUCGAGACCCCCGACCAGGGCAAAGCCAGGCUCUUAACACACUGGGAACAGCUAGACUAUGGUGUUCAGUUCACAUCAUCUAGGAAAUUCUUCACCAUCUCGCCCAUCAUUUUAUACUUUCUCGCCAGCUUCUACACAAAAUACGACCCCACGCACUUCAUCGUAAACACAGCCUCACUUCUGAGUGUUCUUAUCCCGAAGCUUCCACAGCUACAUGGUGUCCGAAUCUUUGGAAUCAACAAGUAUUAAGCGAGGAACCCUGGAGAGUUGCAUCUCCGACCCGACUCUCAGCCACAAGCUAGAGCUUCAUACUGUGGGGCGGUGAAAUAGGUAAACCUUUGUACUGCGGUGGUGUAUACUUAGCAGUUUUGUACUGUCUGUUGUAAUUGUCCCUUUCAUUACUUGGAUACAUCGGGAAGAACUAUAACAGGGAUAUGGACAGAGGAGAAUGCCAUGAGCAUUACUAACUUAAGUAAAAAAAAAUGUUUUGGUCCUCAUGGAUCUGGGCUGGCCCAGGAUUCAGAGUUUAUGACUGGUGACUGUUUAUUUUUGUUUUGUUUUGUUUCAGUUGUUUUGUUUUCCUUUAUGUUGUUGUCAAACUUUGCUUAAUAGCCCUCUCUGCACAGUGAGGAAAAACGUUUUUGUUUCAGUGUAACAUUUCUGGAUGUGUUCUUAAACUAAGCCACGAAAAACUAUCAAACCUACCUUUUAAAAAUUGUUUGUUUCACAAGGACGGGAACCUGUGGUUCAUAACGAAGUAUGACUCUCUACUGUGAGGUUUGACUCCCCUCUACGGUGGACUGUCAGUGAAAUGUGUGUUUUUGCAUGAUAUCCUUGUUAAAAUGAAUCAUUUGUCUUUGUUCAA